AUGGACUCAAAACCCUGCAAACCGGGCUGGAAACGACCAAAAAGCCUCCUGAAUUCUGUCCGGGAGAAGCCGAGAGAAACGAGCAAAAUCCUUUCGAGCCGUUGGGGUGCUGGGAGGGGGAGGGGUUUAGGCCCUCUCCCCGCGGAUGCGGCGGGCCAGCUGGAUGUCUUUGGGCAUGAUGGUGACCCUCUUGGCGUGGAUGGCGCACAGGUUGGUGUCCUCGAACAGCCCCACCAGGUAGGCCUCGCUGGCCUCCUGCAGAGCCAUGACGGCGGAGCUCUGGAAGCGCAGGUCGGUCUUGAAGUCCUGCGCGAUUUCCCUCACCAGGCGCUGGAAGGGCAGCUUGCGGAUCAGCAGUUCGGUGGACUUCUGGUAGCGGCGGAUCUCCCGCAGAGCCACGGUGCCGGGCCGGUAACGGUGGGGCUUCUUCACGCCGCCGGUGGCCGGGGCGCUCUUACGGGCGGCCUUGGUGGCGAGCUGUUUCCGGGGGGCUUUGCCUCCGGUGGACUUACGGGCGGUCUGCUUGGUUCUGGCCAUUUUCACUUCUGGACUCAAAGUCUAGGACAGCGAAUGAGCGGGAGAGCGGAGACGCCGCAUUUAAAGCCGGGACCGGCCGGGGGGCGGUGA